AUGGCAGCACCUAAACGACAUCGUCAACGAAUAUUAAUAGAUAAUAAACAUUUUUCAAUAUCUCCAAGUACUGUUGUCGAAACUUUAUUAACACCAACAAUUAGUAUAUCACGAACAACAGAUAAUCAUUUGAAUAUUUCAAAUAAUAAAGAACCUAUUCAAGCUAAUCAACUAGUCGAUUUACAACAACAAAGAGAUAGACUUGAUAAAAAAUCUAAAUUAAUUCAGGAUGAUUUCGAAAUUAUAUCAAAGACGAUAACAAAUAAUAAGCAUACAAAUGAUAAUAUAACUAAAACUAUUAUUAAUGAAAUACAGAGUAACAAAGAAGAUGAUUGGGUAUAA